AUGGAGAGAAGUCGUUUCCUCUUGUCGAUAACGUUGUUGCUGGUACACUACAGUUCUAUAGGUAUAGUAGGUGCAACACAAACCGACAUCACCACAGACCAGUUUGCUCUUCUUGCUCUCAAAUCCCAUAUCACUAGUGACCCUCACAACAUCUUGGUCAACUGGUCAACCACCACCUCCGUCUGCAACUGGGUUGGCGUCACUUGUGGUUCUCGCCACCUCAGAGUAGCAUCAUUGAAUCUCUCGUACAUGGGUUUCACUGGCACCAUUCCACCACACUUAGGCAACCUCUCAUUCCUUGUUGCACUAAGCUUCAACAAUAACAGCUUCGAUGGUGCUUUGCCCUAUCAAUUGUCUUAUUUGCGUCGCUUGAAGUUGAUUAGCUUCGGAUACAACAAUUUUAUGGGAUCCAUUCCAUCGUGGUUUGGGUCCUUCCCCAAACUUCAAAGCUUCAAUUUGUAUGGCAAUCAGUUUUCAGGUUCCAUACCUAUGACUAUCUUCAACUUGUCUACACUGCAAGUACUUAAUCUAAGGGCUAAUCAACUAUCAGAAAUUCCAAAAGAGAUUGGCUUUUUAGAUCAUGUGGAAGAGUUGUAUGUGCAAUACAAUGCCCUAAAAGGCCCUGUUCCUGUGGUUGUUUUCAACAUGUCUUCUUUGACUACGUUGACUCUAUAUGGAAAUAGCUUGAGUGGUGGUCUUCCAGACAAUAUAUGCCAACAUCUUCCUAGUCUUCAAAACUUGGAUUUGGGUCUCAACCAGUUUGAUGGUCCACUUCCAUCCAAAUUAUGGCAAUGCAAAAAGCUUCUUAUACUAUAUUUGGAGGAAAACAAUUUCAGUGGAAGCAUACCAAAAAAUAUUGGGAACUUAACAAUGAUGAAGGAGAUAUACCUUGACAACAACAAUUUGACGGGAACUAUACCAGAUGAGAUAAGCGAUCUUCAAAAUUUAGAGUCUUUUGCAGUUGGUGAUAAUAAUCUGAAUGGCCUCAUCCCAUCCUCAAUCUUCAAUAUCUCCACGAUAAGAGUAAUGUUGCUUAGUCGGAAUCAGCUAUCGGGUAGCCUCCCAGCAAACAUAGGCCUUGGGCUUCCAAACCUACAACAGCUUUAUAUAGCAGCAAAUGACCUCAGCGGAGAAAUCCCCAACCUCUCCAAUGCUUCUACGCUCAGCAAGAUAGAUUUGAACAACAACUCAUUUACAGGGUUUAUUCCAAGGACGCUUUGUGCCUUAAAAAACCUUCAGAGUCUUCACUUAGGCCGGAAUAAUUUGACGAUUCAAAUCACUUCGACUCCAGAAGCAAGCAUUCUCUCUUGUUUGGCUAAUCUUAGAAAUUUGACAAAACUAUCCUUGCGAGAUAAUCCGUUAAAUGCCAGACUUGACGAUUCCUUUCGGAAUUGCUCUACAUCGUCGCUUCAAUAUAUUAAUUUAUUAAAUUGCAGCAUGAGGGGUAACAUUCCCAUUGGUAUUGGCAACUUUAGCAACUUGUUAACCUUAUCCCUGAGGUACAAUCAAUUGAGUGGCUCAAUUCCAACUGCAGUGGGAAGACUUGGGAAUCUCCAAGGUCUGUUUUUUUCUGGUAACAAGUUGCGAGGGUACAUCCCAUAUCAACUUUGUCAAUUAGAAAACCUAGCUUACUUAUAUUUGGGUAGUAAUCAACUCUCGGGUUCUAUACCUUCUUGCUUGGGAAAUCUAUCCACAUCUCUAAGAACUCUAUCACUGGAGUCCAAUUCGUUGAGUUCCACAAUACCAUCUACUCUUUGGAGACUUGCCUAUAUCUUGCAUGUAAACAUAUCAUCCAAUUCUCUAAUUGGACCUCUCUCGCAAGAUAUUGCAGAGUUGAAAGUUGUGGUAGAUGUAGAUUUAUCAAAUAACCAUUUAUCUGGUGUUAUACCAAGCACCAUUGGGGGUCUUUGGGAUUUGGUUAUUCUAUCCUUGGCAAAUAAUAAUUUGGAAGGCCUUAUUCCAAGUUCAUUUCACGACUUGGUAAGCCUCGAACACUUGGAUUUAUCCAGAAACAAUCUGGCUGGAGUGAUUCCAAGGUCUUUAGAAGCUCUCUUACAUCUCAAGUAUCUGGAUUUGUCUUUCAACAGGCUCCAAGGAGAAAUUCCAACAGGUGGACCAUUCCAAAACUUUUCCGCUCAAUCAUUUGUCUCAAACAGGGCACUCUGUGGUGCAGCCAGACUCCAUGUUCCACCAUGCAAAAAUAGUACAAUUGAACCAAAUUGGAGGAAAGCUAAAUAUAUCAUCCCAGUGAUCGUAUCAGUAAUUUUCUUUGUGGCCUCCAUAUCUAUCUUUGUAAUACGCAGGAAAAGGAAUGUGGAAGUUGCUGGAGAGGCUACCUCGUUGCCUCAACUUCUUUGGAGAAGAAUUUCAUACCUAGAACUUCUAAGGGCCACAAAUGGAUUUAACGAAAAUAACUUACUUGGAAGUGGGGGUUUUGGGUCAGUAUAUAAAGGGACACUUUCAGAUGGAAUAGAUGUUGCAGCAAAGGUUUUCAAUUUACAGCUAGAAGGGGCUUUUAGGAGUUUUGACAGGGAAUGUGAAAUGCUAAGUAAUAUUCGUCAUCGAAACCUUAUCAAAAUCAUCAGUUGUUGCAGUGAAAUUGAUUUCAAAGCCUUGGUAUUGAACUACAUGCCUAAUGGGAGCCUGGACAAUUGGUUGUAUUCUCAAAACUACUCUUGUUUGAAUAUCUUACAGAGGUUGAAUAUAAUGAUAGACGUUGCAUCUGCACUGGAAUACCUACACCAUGGUUAUUCAAUACCUAUUGUGCACUGUGAUAUGAAGCCAAGCAAUAUACUACUAGAUGAUGAUAUGGUUGCUCAUGUUGCUGAUUUUGGAAUUGCAAAACUUUUGGGUGGAGGAGAUUCUGUUACCCAAACCAUGACCCUGGCCACAGUUGGGUAUAUAGCUCCAGAGUAUGGAAUGGAAGGAAUAGUUUCAACAAGAGGGGAUGUGUACAGUUUCGGAAUUGUAGUGAUGGAAACAUUCACAAGAAGAAAGCCAACAGAUGAGAUGUUUGGUGAUGAAAUGAAUAUAAAGCAAUGGAUUGCAAACUCACUAUUGUUAACAGAUGCAAUGAUAGAUGAAGUUAUGGAUGGCAAUUUGCUUGGGAGUGGGACAGAGCAGGAAGAUGAUGAUCAUGUGAGGAAGAGGGAUUGCUUAUCAUCCAUUAUGAGAUUAGCUCUUGCUUGUUGUGCAAACUCACCAGAAGAGAGGAUAAGUAUGAAGGAAGCUGUAGCCACACUAAACAAAAUCAAGAUGAAGUUUCUGAAGGAUGCUGCUGCAGGAGGAGGUGUGAUGUUAAACCAUCCUCUUGCUCAGCGCUUCAAUUAA